AUUUCUCUGCCGCCACCACGCCCGGGAAGCCGAGCGAGAGAGGCAAGGAUACAUCUUGGCUACAGUUCUCACUCAGAAGCCCCGCAGCCUGGCUCUCCUUGGCGGGCCCCCCUCCGCAGCCUCCCGCCCGAGGGGGAGAGGAAGCCAGCGUUUCCCUGCCUCGGAAGGCAAACCCUUAAGGCCCCCCCGAACCCCGCUGAAGCUUUGUAAUCGUCUCCAAGGCGGGGGAAGGCGUUCUUCUUUGCUAGGAAGCUUGCAAUAGAUAGAUUGCGUGGAAGCAGUCCGCCUCCUGAGGCGGGGAAAGAAAGCAAGGAGGAAGGAAGGAGGGGAGGAGGGGCAGUCUCGUCGGGGCUCCUCGGAGGCCGGGGCGAAAGAGGGCGGGGUCCGAGGGGCGCCUGGGCUCCUCCUCCUCCUCCCUGUUGUUUGGCGCAGGGCUGAGGCUGGGAAGGAGGCGGAGGCGCGCCCGGGCCAGAGUGGGCGCUGCGAGGGGGCUUCACGGGCAAGGGAGGGAAGGAAGGAGGAAGGGCUCGCGUCGUGGGUGCGCCGUGCGCGUCUCCGCGGGUGCGCCAGGGCUCGCUCUUUCUCUCUCUCUCCCCCCUUCCCUUCCCUUCCUCCCCUCCCUCCCCUUCCCUCGGGGCUCGCUGUCUCCGGGAAUUGGGAGGAAGAGGAAAGGGAGGAGGGCGUCGGCGGCGGUGGUCGGUGCCUCGCCGAGCUCGGAAGCACUCUCUCCUCCGCACCAAGGGGAGGGAUUCUUCUCCCUCCUGCCUUCUGUUUUUGCUCCCGUGGGUUGUGUUCCUCUCGGGGCCGGAGCCAUUGGGGAAGCAUGACCCUGGAGUCCAUCAUGGCGUGCUGCCUGAGCGAGGAAGCCAAGGAGGCGCGGCGGAUCAACGACGAGAUCGAAAGGCAGCUGCGCCGCGACAAGCGGGACGCCCGGCGGGAGCUCAAGCUGCUCCUCCUCGGCACAGGAGAAAGUGGCAAAAGCACAUUCAUCAAACAGAUGAGAAUCAUUCAUGGUUCAGGAUACUCUGAUGAAGACAAAAGAGGUUUCACCAAGCUUGUGUAUCAGAAUAUAUUCACAGCAAUGCAGUCAAUGAUCAGAGCCAUGGAUACACUCAGAAUCCCAUACAACUAUGAACAUAAUAAGGGUAAUGCACAUUUAGUUCGAGAUGUUGAUAUAGAGAAAGUGAAUUCCUUUGAGAACCCUUACGUAGAUGCAAUAAAGAGUUUAUGGAAUGACCCUGGAAUACAAGAAUGCUAUGACAGACGACGGGAAUAUCAGUUGUCAGAUUCCACUAAAUAUUACCUUAACGACUUGGACCGCAUAGCUGGUUCUGGCUAUCUGCCAACCCAACAAGAUGUGCUUAGAGUUCGAGUUCCAACUACAGGAAUAAUUGAAUAUCCAUUUGACUUACAAAGUGUCAUUUUCAGAAUGGUGGAUGUAGGGGGGCAGCGAUCAGAACGAAGAAAAUGGAUACACUGCUUCGAAAAUGUCACCUCCAUUAUGUUUCUAGUAGCCCUUAGUGAAUACGAUCAAGUACUUGUGGAGUCAGACAAUGAGAAUCGAAUGGAGGAAAGCAAAGCACUAUUUAGGACAAUUAUUACAUAUCCCUGGUUCCAGAAUUCUUCAGUCAUUCUGUUCUUAAAUAAGAAAGAUCUUCUAGAGGAAAAAAUAAUGUAUUCCCAUCUAGUUGACUAUUUCCCUGAGUAUGAUGGACCUCAGCGAGAUGCCCAGGCAGCAAGGGAAUUCAUCUUAAAGAUGUUUGUCGACCUGAAUCCAGAGAGUGAAAAAAUCAUCUACUCCCACUUCACGUGUGCCACAGAUACGGAGAAUAUCCGUUUCGUCUUUGCUGCUGUCAAGGACACUAUCCUACAAUUAAACCUGAAGGAGUACAACUUGGUCUAACUGUGCCUCUUAGGUUUCCACCCACCUGUACCCCAAUUUGGGCAGUUGAAGAUAUUCAAGAGGGACUGUAUUAUCUGUGAAAAUGAUCCACAUAAUACUAAUUUAUUGCUGGCCUGGACUCUGUUAAUGUUCACAGAGUUUAUAGUAAAUAUUAUGAUUUUAUUUAAACUUUACAGGAGGAAAAAGAAACGAUGCUGAACUACAUUCACAGCACAUUUCCUCAUUUUUUUAGUCAAAACCUUGUGACUCAAUGUAUUUUAAAUCCUCAGUUGUGCACUCACAAACAGUAGGCUUGGGUUUGUUUUGUUUUUUUCUCAAUUAUUGGAACCAAGUUGUUCCUCUUGUUGUCUCUGUCUCUUUUAUGGAUUUUUUUAAAGGUACAAUGGCCUUUCCCCCACAUUUUGUUCCUUGGUUUCAUCUAUAGUAUUAUGGUCAGAAAAAAAUUGUCACUUAGAAUUAAAGCCAUCAAUUGUUCUGAUUUUUCAGUAACGACUCUUUUUUUUUCUUUUUUUUAAAGAUUAAACAUAUUGAUAUUCUAAUUCUAUUUUUAAAUUUUGACAGAUGUCAAAAUACAUUUGCUUUUUGGUACUGUCUUUGCACUGAAGGCUGGGAGUGUUGUUCAGUGGGAAUAUUAAUUGUAGCAGUGUUAAAUGGAUUUUAUCUUUAAUUGUAUCAUGGAAGCUGAGCAGACUGCAAAAACACAGCAACAAACUACUAAGACACAAAGGCAAUUCAAGAAGUAGAAUAGCUUUUUGGGUUUGUUUGUUUUUUAGUUGCCAUGUGCCAUUACUUUUUUUUCUCUUCCAGAAUUGUAUUCUCUUUUCAUUUUCAUUUUUUUUCCCAUAAUCACAGAUGCCAAACAAAUGUCAUGGACACUACAAUAGCCUGGAAUUAUUAUUAUUAUUGGUAUUAUUUUUAUUAAUCAGACUGGCUAGAUUUCUCACUGCAAUUUCAGACCUAUUUUAUUGUCUGCGAAGUUUCAUGUUGCCAAAUGGGGCUUUUCUUUUAUGAAAGCAUUCACUUUGAAGUGUAAGAUAACCAAUUUUAAAUGCCAAGUGGGCUGAUUGAUUAUUCGUUCCUGACAACUGCCAAAUGUUUAAGCAAGUAAAUUCAUUUCCCUCUUUUUUCAGUGCCACCUUUCUCCAAAACAAAAGUAACAGCAGUAUGAGUGAAAAUGUUAUUUGGUGCUAUAUAUACACACAUGCAUACAGUCUAUUGAUUCAAAGUGAGUUUUACUCUUAUCAAAGAUGGCAUAGGAUUUCACAGUGGGAUGGCUCCCCUUUCUUAAGGCACCUUGAACUGAAAAAAAUUGAAAUAACAUAUACCUAAUGUGAUUCCCUAAUCAAUGGAUUGGGAGAUUUCUAAAUGAGACCAUUUCUUGAGAGCUUAUAUUAUUUAUGAAAUGGCUGAACAAACCACAUUGAAAGGCAAAAGUUGCAGUCCUAUGCACAUUUACCUGGGAGCAAGUUCUAUUGAUCUCAGUCAGAAUUCCUUCUGAGUAGACAUGCAUAGGAUUGCGCUGUUAACAAUAAACUUCUAAAAAAAAAAAACACUGCACAGGCCUUGAUGAGCAUCUCUUUUUUGCAUCUGGGAUUGAAAUAAUUUUCAGGUUUUGUGUAAAACAAUCUUGUAAAUAAGAUUGAUGUCGAGUUGCAGAGUUGUGUUUUGGAUCAGAAAGGUCAGGCACAACAUUGGGCAAUUUUUUUUUCUGAUUUCCAUGGUUCCAGCACGUAAAUUGAAACUGUUGCUCUGUUGCAAUUUUUGGUAAAGGUGGGAUAAUGAGAAUGACUUAAUAAAUGUUUCACCAUUGUUUAAUAGCGGCUACAGCUGACUGAACAUCAAUUUGGGUGGCCCUGACACAGGUUUCCCGUUUUCAUGAGCAUGGAUGAUACAGCAGCAAAGCUGGAUGGAUCAUCCUCAACAACAACUAAUGAGAUGUCCCUAACCCUUAACAUUCUCCAUUAACAAUGAAAAGUUGGACUGCUUUUUUUUCUCCUUUGCUCAUCACGAGACAUCUUGUAAUUUUAAAAUGGUUGUAGGUAUAGUGCAAUUAUGAAUGCUAUAGUCAUUGUACAUAUAUCUAUAUAUAUAUAUAUAUAUAUAUAAUAUUAUAUAUAUAUAUGGCAGCAUCCAUACUGGCUUUGUAAUCAUUAACUUUUUGGCAGAUUGAAUGUGCUGUAUCAAUAUGUAUCUAUGUAAUUGUAAUGUAUGUCUUAUAGAUAAUUCACAUUUUAAAUAAUGUUAUUUUAUUUACUUUUUAAAGAGAGAAUGUAAUUUUUUGGUCUUUUUUCUGACUAGGUUUUUAAUUUUGUUUUAUUUACAAAAACAGUUAUUAUAAUGCAGAGCAGUACUGGUGUCAUGCUGUGUAAAAUCAUUGGAACAACCCUGAAUUAGUAGUGGGCUGAAAAUACACCUGCAUACACACACGCACAAACCCUGAUGAGAAGUGGACUGAAAAUAUACAUUCUGAGCUUUAACUGACUUUUCAGUUCAGAUUCAGAGGGAGGACACAGCUUUGUUGUAAACUGCUGGGUUGCAUUUAUUAUUUUGGCCAAUGAAAAGAAGGGCUAGGGUACCCACUGUUUUUUUUUCAUAAACUAUUACAAUGUUUUUACCACCAGAUGAUUCUCUGCUGUUGCCUUAAUACUUGUGUUAUGUGUGGUACCUGAUCUUGGGAAUAUUUCAGUACAAUUCUGGAUUGUCAGAAACUAUGUAACCGGCAAACAUCUUUAAAAAAAAAAAAGCCAUGCCUAUUUAAGUGUGGUAAUGGGGAAUGUUUCUCAACCAAAAUACCCUAAAGGUAUCAGAUUCUGUCUGAUCUUGAAAGCUAAGCAAGGUCUUUCAUGGUUAGUACUUAGAUGAGAGGUUGCCAAGAAAUAUCAGGUAUUGUAGGCUAUAUUUCAGAGGAAGAAACUGGCUAAACAAUCUCUUGAGCAUAACUUGCCUAAGAAAACCCUAUGAAAUGCAUGGGGUUGCCAUAAUUUGAUAGGUUGAGUUGAAGUCACAUAAAUACAUUCAUGCAGUAUGUGCAUGGAACUAAAUUUCAAUAGAAAGCCACAUAGAUACAACAAUGUGAUUGGAGAGGGUGGGAGGUAGUAUACCUUGGAUUAGAAAGGGAUCCACCUUUUGCCAUUUCUCACAUGCCAGAUUUUAACUACAUGGGUUUUUUAAAAAUGAGAAAAUGAACACAUCACUAAUAUUUUGUCACAUAGCUUUUAAAUAUGAGUAUACAUGAUGGAAAGUUAAGAUUCAGAAGUUUGUUAUUUGAGGGUCCUUUUUGAGGUUGUUGUCACAACAUUAUGCAAGGUUUCCACUAUGCAAUGAAAUUCAUUGUAUAGACAUUGCACUUUCUUUAACUGUGACAUACUCCAAAAUUAAAUUUCCCAGGUCCAAUCCAGUAAUAUUUGACAGGUUGCUCCUUUCUUUAAAUAUUACAAUACUGCCUCCCGAUACAAGAGAGUUGAGGUAUUUUAUGUUGCAUUGCUAACAUAAAUUUAUGCUAUAGGAUGUGAGAAGUGACGCUAAAAUGGACAAUAUGAGAUAAAAGGGAAACUUUAAUCUUUACUAAAAAAUACUAUGAAAUGUGUCCUGAUUUUGAUAUACACUGAUACUGUUGUUUAUGCAACUGCCAUUUUCAUAAAAUAAUAGGGUUGAAAGAGCAUUUUGGUUCAGCUGAACUCAGGUAAGGCCUCUGCUACAGGAUAUAGUAUUUUAUUUCCAGUUAUAGCCGAAUUCUCCUCGUAACAAUUCAGUGCAAUAUAUUGCUGUUGUGCGAACUGAUGCCUGAAUCCAACUGCUAGGGCCAUCUACAGUAGACUCAUUCAGUAAAUUGUUAUAUAGUAAAACAGCACUUAACUAUAUAUAAUUGUGUGAAGGUUGACUUUAUGUAAAAAUUGAAGACAGGCCUUGGGGCCAAAAGUAUGGAUUUUGAUGUGACAUAGAUAUGUUGAGGGUCAUUCUGGAAUGUCCCGAUGCCGCCUCAGAGGCUGGUUGUCCUUAACCACCGCCACUGCCACUUUCCCACCCAGACCUUCAAAAUAACCAGAAAUGGCACAGCAGCAGUGAGAGUAGAGGGAGUUGGUGCUUCUUUUCGGUUCUUCCAGAAUGGUCUAAGCCCGUGGUUCUCAACCUGGAGUCCCCAGAUUUUUUGGCCUUCAACUUCCAGAAAUCCUAACAGCUGGUAAACUGGCUGGGAUUUCUGGGAGUUGUAGGCCAAAAACAUCUGUGGACCCCAGGUUGAGAACCACUGGUCUAAGCUCUCUAUUCAAAGAAGGGAAUGGUUCCUUUUUUAUAUAAAGGUUUAGGUAAAGUACUUACAUUGUGAUGUGAAUAAGUCACACCAGGUUUACUUGCUCAAUUUCGGACUAAAAUUUCCAAACUUAUACAUGAGCACAUACAGUACAUAACUUCAGCUGAUUCAUUGUGGCUUUUCUAGCACUUGAAUUUAAGCCUAAAUCUCCAAAUAGUACUGGAGGUGACAAAUCUGCUCAAGAACUUUGUGAUAUUCUUCCCAUAUAGACUUGCUUAUCAGGCACAAUGAAAACAUCUCAUUGCAAAUCUCUCUGAUUACAUCUAUUUGGCCAUCUUAAGCUGCCUUGAGAUCUAUUUGUUAUAUGAUGAUUAUGGCAGAUUUUACAUUUGAAGCCAUGUGUACUAUAUUUUGGCUCUUAGAAUGAAAGUUGUGGUGAUUUUGGUUUAGUCCUGGGUUUUUUUAUCUACUGAAUUCAGGGUGCUUGAUAAUGACUCUUUAAAUGGAUUAUUAACUGGCCUCCUCAGUUUUAAGAAUUUAUUUUUCUUUGAAAAGAGAAGUCUAAAAAUGAUUAGGAGUGGGCAGUCUUUAUUUACUAUAGCUUUGAGGAGGAUAUUAUAAGAUUUUAAAACUCAUUAGCAAGGAUUCAAAAGUUCACUUUAUGUUUUCUACUUGUAACACAGAAAUGUUCCAUACCACUAGAGUACCAGUAUUCUAGGAAAGGUAGACACAUGAGAUGAAUGUAGGCCAUUGGAUCAAGUUUUGUGUUUGAAUUGAGGUACUUGGAUGUGCCAACAUCCUUUGAAUUGCCGGCACAACAUUGCCAUGUAUCAGUGCACCACAAGCCUUUUCUCUUAAAGAAAAAUGAUACUGCUCUCCUUACUUUAGGAUUGGUUUUUUUUUUGUAAGUGGUUAUUUUCUGCUAUGCCUUACAGAAGUGAGUCAAGACAUGAGUGCCUCUUAACAGAGCAAGAGAAGACAUAACAAAACCAAAAGAUUGUGUAUCUUUGCCAACAGUGAAUAUCUUAAAUGGACAAACAAAAAAUAGGAUUCUUGGAAUUGUAUUUUCUUAGUGUUCUUUAGGAGUGUAUUCUCUAAAAAGUUGUACUAAGUCAGUGUUGUCAUUACUGGGAAAAUUACAAAUUCAUUUAAUUCAAAGGAGCCCCCAAUGGCACAGUGGGUUAAACCCUUGUGGUGGUAGGACUGAUGACCUGAAGGUUGGGUUGCUGACCUGAAGGUUGCAAGUUCGAAUCCAACCCAGGGAGAGCGUGGAUGAGCUCCCUCUAUCAGCUCCAGCUCCAUAUGGGGACAUGAAAGAAGUCUCCCACAAGGAUGGUAAAAACAUCAAAACAUCUGGGCGUCUCCUGGGCAACCUUGCAGAUGGCCAAUUUUCUCCCACCAGAAGCGACUUGCAGUUUCUCAUGUCGCUCCUGGCACGAAAAAAAUAAUUCAAAGGGAAUUGUGUUGAAGGAUCUGGAGGACUUUUUUGCUAAGACAUAUGAAAUGGGUUUUUUUCAUUAUUUUUAAAACUUGCCUUUCUCAGAAGAUAACUGAUACCAUUCAGAAGGAUAAACUCAAGAGCAGAGUCAAUUUUCAGAACUAAUUGGAGUUUUGUCAAAGUAUAUGAACAAAUUAAUCUUACUUAUUCCAUCAUUUGGUUGGGGGGGGGGGGGGUUCCAUCUUGAAGUUUUAACUACAAGCAGACUUUUUUUAAUAUUAAGAAUAAUAAUUCAGAAAUGACUGUGAUUUUCAGAAAAACAAGUUAAAAUUGUGAGGAGAAGGGCUGCAUAGUAAGAGAUUGCUAGGGACUUCCAGCCUUUGUAAAAUGACCUUUACUCACUGACCCUUCCCAUUUGUUUUGCAUUCCUCACAAAAGACUGAAAUGACAGAACAUCAAAAAUGUUAAUACACCUGAAAAGUAAUAAAAUAUACCCAGUUAAAUUAUAAUGAUGUGCUGCUCUUCUUGAAACUUUUUGAAAAAGUACCUUUCUACACCAAGUACUUUGGACAGUACUAUCGUGUAACUAAUGGUGUGUGCUUGGGGUGACAAAAUAACCUGCCAAAGCCUUGCCUUAGCUGAAAUGUAAUCAUACAAUCCACUUGUAUCUUUCAGAUUUCAUCCCAUCAUCACAAUUACAUUAUGAAAUGUGUUGCAUAUGGCUAGCUAUUCUAUUAUGGCCAUUCAUAUACCGGCUUUUGUAAAUAACGGUCCUUUCAACAGGCAUUCAUACAUCUGCAUUAAAUAUAUACCUUCUUUUCUUUGUGUAGCCUUAUGUUGAUUCAGAGAUUGCUUUUUGCAAUCUUCACCAAAGUCAAUAGAUCCAAAUCCAGAGCGCUGUCUCCACUCGUGUGGACCUGAGGAUUUUUUCAAUUUUGCCUCCUCCAUUCAAUGACCCCAAAAUCACACUGUGCAUAUAGGUCAUGAAUACAUGACUGAAAGGAAUUACUAGGUCAUACAUUAAAAAAACAUUUUUUUCUUCUAUUUCCUAAGUCAUUGUUCCUUUUUAACUAGUAUUAUAUGUGGGUCACCUAGUGGCCAUGUCACCAUGUAGUCCCAUGUUCAGUGUGCCUGUAUUCAUGCAAGUGGAUGAUUCUACUUAUAUUGUGGGUUCGUUUUGAAGACUUUUGAAUGCAAUUUUUGAAAUGUGACAGACACCAUCCAAGGUCUGUAAGAACUUCUCCAAAGAAUGAAGAAUAUCUUAACACAGAUUGCAAAAGAUUGUAAGUGCUAGGCAGGAAAGAUGUAGCUGUACAGGAACAUUUUCUCUCCAAAGGAUACGCUAUGAUGCAAUUUUGUCCAUGUUUUCAUUUUAUCACCACUUUGGGAGUUGACCUUAACUGGAUGUGUUCAUUUCACAGGAGAAACUGGACUUUUAACAGUAUUUUAUAAAUUGCACUUGUUCUUAAUGUUCUUCAAAUGCAUGUAUUGUGUAUAGUUUGGGGAUUAAUAGUUUUUGACUAGAACUAUUGUAUAAAUACUUCCCCCAAUGACCGUGCUAGUUAAAAUUAUAACAUAAUUGGGCAAAAUUUUGUACACCAGUAUCCUCAUUUCUUUACAUUUGCAUAUCUUGAAGUACUUAUGGCUUAUUGUUCUCCUUAAAUGCCUUUUUAUUAUAAUAAUGGAAUAAAUUCUUUUAUUCCAAUGA